AUGCCAAUAGGCUUUAAUUUAUUGAAUGCUAUUAUUCAUGGAAAACGUGAAAGUGUUAUUGCUAAAACUCCAAAACUAUAUUCUGAUAUUUAUAAAGAAUGUUGGAAACAUGAUGCAAAAGAACGUCCUACUAUUCAAUCCGUUAAUAAAAUGCUAGAUCAGAUAAAUAUAAAAAAAGAUCUAAAUGUACAUAAUGAGAAAAUUCGCAAAAUAUCUUAUUAUACGG